GUUUUGGCAGAGUGCUCACGUCAUGUCACCUCUCUGCUGCUCUCUGUAUCAGCAGGUAAAGGCGUGUCCAGUCUCAUUCGUGGCAGUUACCCGAGAGCAACGAGAUUAAAGGACGCUGCUGGCGGCGUCAACUUUAAUCUACUCAGAAGAAAACAAAUAUGGUGAAACAAAGCAGACAGCCCAGUCCCUUCGUCCUGCUCCAGGCUGGACCUGGUGAUGUGGACACUGGCCUGUUGGACGUUAACCUCAGAAUCAGUGACGGAACAUCUCGUGCCUUCGCCCGCCAACUGGCUGCCAUCGGAGACCAGCUGGACCGGGAGUGGACCAGCAGGCGGCAAAACCGGCUCCCGACUCCUCUACGCAUGCUGAGACCUGCUCAGGUGUUGACCAGGACCAUGUAUCGGGAUUUCCACAACCAGUUAUGGGGCUUCCAGGGCCUCUCUGCUGCAGUGAAGGCCUGGAUACUGAGCACUGCGCCUGGGCAGGGUCUCUUCAGAGCUGAGGCCUGGACAGCCUGGGUUUCCAGGUUUAAACCAAUAACCAGCACUGAUUGGACCAGAGGAGCCCUGGUGACUGUGGCACUGGUGGCUGCAGUGACCCUCCUCGGUGCCUUAUGGAUGGAAUGGAAAGAUUAAAGAGCCAUUAUAAUAAUAAUAAUGACUUUUCAACCAUUAUUAUAUUUGAUAAGAAAAAAUUGUUUGCAGGCGAGUGAUAAUUAUUGCUAACUGAUGUGUUUCUGGUGUUUACUCUGAGUUCUCUUUUUAUACUAUUUCGACGAGCGGUAUUGGAGUUGACGCAGACGACUGUGGGCAGCUUCCUGGGAAAUGUACCAGUGGAAAAAAAUAUCCCAACGCAUGUGAUUUCAAUCAGUUUUAUAGCAUUAGCCAAGGAGUUGGCCAGUUUCAUGUAGCACUGAAAUGUUGUUUUUAAGGUCACACACACGUUUCCAUGACUGGACUGUUGCUGGCCUGCAGUCUUUUGUAUCCAGAUUAGUUUCUUACUGGUUUAAGAGGCCCAGAAAAUUUGUGAUAUGAUAUGAACCCUGGCUUAAUAUAAAAUGACGGGAGCUGGACUUUCUGUGGCAGAUUUUGAAACUGCUUUUCUUAUAAUGCUAAUAAAAAUCAUAAAGACAAAA